AAGAUAUACAUUUCAACAGCCAAAUACCUGAAACGGGAGCUUCCAAUCCCACGCUUAAAAUUGUUAUUGAAUCACUAAAGAUCAACAGGAUUAGACUUCAAACUCGUACCAUCCGUUUCAAGAGAAAUUUCGAAAAUCUGAAGUCAUUUUUUAUGAACAUCUGAUGAUUUGUUGACGUAAUAAUUCAUAUCUCUUCUUAAAUGGAGCAGCGGCAGAGCGGAGCGGAACAUGGAACAGCACCUGUGCCUGCACUCCCGGCGGGACUUGACGCUGUUUAUUCGGCCUGUCGGCGGCUGUAUGUUGAUCAACCAAAUCCUUUACAAGUGACUGCCGUUGUGAAAUACUGGUUAAAUGGACCAGACCCACUAGACUUUAUCAGUAUGUACAGUAACCCAGGAGAGCCUGGUCAUGGGAUCCCACCCCAUUGGCAUUAUGUUAGCUUUGGCCUCUCGGAUCUCUUUGGUGAUGGCAGAGUUCAUGAAAUACCUACAGGUCCCAAUGGGCCAAGUGGUUUUGGCUUUGAGUUAACGUUCAGGUUGAAGAAAGAACCAACUGAAACAGCGCCCCCUACUUGGCCGGCAGAGCUUAUGCAAGGUCUAGCCAGAUAUGUCUUCCAGUCUGGCAAUACUCUUUGUAAUGGAGACCAUGUUUCUUGGCACAGUCCUUUAGAUAAUAGUGAAUCUCGUAUUCAGCAUAUGUUAAUGUCAGAUGAUCCUCAAUUACCUACUAUCACUACACCACAUGGAACAGUCAGCUUCGUUCAGAUUAUUGGAGUGUGUGCCGAGGAACUGCAAGCUUCACAGAGGUGGAAUGGUCUUGGCAUGCUGGAAUUACUCAAAUCUAUGGAAGUUGCUGGUGGAUCAUGGCUUGUGACUGAUAUGCGAAGGGGUGAGACCAUCUUUGAAGUCAAUCCGUUACUGAUGGAGGAAGUAGAGAGGGGGAUAGAUACAGAAGGCUCAAAUCUUAGUGGCGUCUGUGCAAGGUGUUCCUGGGACCCUGUCGGUGACUGGACAGAUGAAACAGAUCCACCAAGGAUAUCACAAAUAGAAACUGAACAGAUAAGACAGGCCUUGACCAGAGGCCUAUCCAACGACAGACCUGUCCUUCCACCCAUCUCUGGUAGGGAGGACACCAACCAAGGUUUGAACCGCCGACCUUCCACUGAGAGCGAGACAGACACCCGCAGUUCUAUCUUUGAGCUUGGUAACUCAAGGUACCUGGACGGUGUGAGCAUUAAGCUGAACCUCGAAGCCGCUGCACUACUGUCACUAGCAGUUAGAGGGCGUCUUACCCAUGGCCGUCACUUUACCUUUAAGAAUGUUGCCAAUGACUGUGCAGUUACCUUGGUCUCACCAAGUGUUGAGGGAUCCUUUGUUGAAGAGACUCAUCCUUAUGUGGCUAAGGGACCAUGGCUGCAGCUCCUCAUCAGAUCAGAAUUUGCAGAAACUAUGGCCAGCGAUUUAGAGUUCUUGCAAUCAAAAGAAAAGUUGGAUCUACCCAAGGUAAUCGACUGGAGGGACAAGAGAAUAACACUGACCAUUACUCCUGAUGAGACGUAGUGACCGGUGUGGAGUGACCAGUUGAUUGGUCAAACCCUUCCAUAGUGUGCUUCAUGACCCCCCAAUGUCACAGGAGAAGAUAUAUAUCAUGUAAGAAUACUUUUCUGUCAAUACAUAGCUUUAAUAUAGAGAUUUCUAAUAGAGUAGUAGAAAUAUGAAGUUCUUACAUGAUAUUCUUUCUUGUGUUGUGUUCAUGUUAGAGUAUAUUGGGUAAUACAAGUAUAAUAAUGUAAAUCAUUAUACUAAUUUUUCCUGUUCUAUAAAAAUUUAUUAUUUCGUAUGUGUGAUAAAAUUUUUUGUAAAGAAUUUUUAUUUUAUUUUUUAGUUCUCAUGUGUGAUGCAGUAGUAUUUCCCUUAUUUUUUUAACAGAAAGCUCUGUUUAUUAAAGGGUUCUGAUUGGUCAGAAUAUCUUAUUGAUCCCUCCCCCUCCAUACAGUCUACUGUUUCAUUGGAUUGGAUUGCUGACGUGCUAUUGAUCAAUGAAGUAAGGGUCAUUCAUAGACUCAAUCCAAUCAGUUGCAAGUUUAUUAGACUUUCAAGGUAUUAGGAGAAAAAUCUUUUCAAUGAAAUGGUAUUGCAGAAAUAUCUGUCUCAAUUUUUUUUAUGCAUGAUCAAGCAAUACAGGUUACUACAGUAAAAGUUUCAUACCACUAUAAACCUCAUUCAUUCUUCAUUCUGCUGGGAAAAUGUCUCAAAAUUUGUACCUAAAACAUGCAUCACUUUUCAUUUGAUAUUAAGAAGAAAAUAUGGACUCUUCAUGAUCUGACUGCAUGUUUUACUGAAAUGAUAACUUUGUUUAAGUCUGUAGUUACUAGAAUUGAGAGUUUUCAAGCUGUAAUUACUGACAAGUAACAAAAGCUGGUAGAAUUCCCCCCCCCCCUGCAAUGUUCUGUUGUUGAAUUAUGCCCAGUGAAUC